AUGAAUGCUUUUGAGAAGAUGAGGGAGUUGGUCGAGGGGCGCCAUCCAUUACGUGACUUAUCACGUGGUGGUCUAGUCCCAUCUGGGACUAGCGUGAAUCCCCAGCACAACACGCUUCCUGCUUGCUCCCCGACCAGUGAAUCUGAUCAGAGCUCCGAGACCGCGAUCGAUAGCGAUACUGAGAUCAGCCCAUCCGCCACCAUCGAGGGUGCCACUUCUUCCUCCCCUUCCAAGGCGCCUUUCGCGCGUGGGCAUCGCCGUCGUUCCACCCACGUUACUCGCCGUGACCUUGAGAAGUUUCAAUCGGAGGUCUUGGGCGUUCAGAAUCACGCCUCCUGGUACGACGAGGAUAACGGCACUCCCCGAACCUUCAACCCCAACGAUCCUUCACUUGAGGAACUGAACCGUGCUUUCGAUAACGCCGACAUCUCUAUGAACGCCGCUACCAUGUCCAGCAACGUUCCGAACUCUGGCAUCUUCGCAGGCUCGACCGGCUAUGGCGAUAGCAAUGCCGUGCCGAAUAUUCCCCCUCGUCAGACUCCGUCUCCCGCCCUUUCCCACGCUUCCUCCACCACUCAGAUCGGCGGCGGCGGCAUGGGCGGCAUGGGUGGCAUGCCGAUGAACGCUGGUCACCAGAUGGACUUGCAUCAUCUCUACGAGAUGGUCGUCGAAUUGAGUGACGUCCUGAAGAACAACCGGGAUGUCACCAAGAACAUCGUUGCCAACGCGGAGGAGAUCAUGAAGAAUGGCAUCGCCGACAGUUCUCGCUCGGGUGACCAGAACGGCGAAAAUCUUACUGCCCGCAUCGCCGAACUCGAGCGCGCCUUGGCCAAGGAGAAGUCCAUAUCUGCAAACCACAAGCACCAUCGCGAGGAGAACUACAAGAUGAUUCUCGAAUUCCAAACCGCCGUGGGAGUCAUGGUCGAGCAAAUUCGCAACUACUGCCAGAACAACAACAUGCACUACCUUGCUCAGAAGCGCCACUACAACAACCUCCUUCAAGCCGAGCGCGAUGCCCACCUGGAGAGCCGUCUUGACCGCGACCACUGGCAUGCACAAACCAUGAAGUGUGCCGAAAUGAUCCGCACUGCCUACCGCCUCCGCUGCGAGGAAGACGACCUCCCCACUAAGAUCAUCUCCGGUCUGCAGAACGAAGUCCGCGCCUACCGCUUUGCACUGGGCAUGGAGGCUGAGGCUAAAGAGGAGGAGUACGGUUGGGAAUAUCUCAAGGACAUUCCUGGUCUGGAGUAA